CGACGUCUGAAAAUUUGAUAUUUCUCUUUCCCCGUUUGCCAUAAUUUGUACACGUUUCACAUUCGCAAGCCAGUAUAACUUAUUUACUUUCCCUGGUGGUGUGGUGCAUAAUAUUCGAGUAAAACAUUAACUUUUAAUAGUAUAGAAAUAUGUCCGGAAAGGGAAACAAAGCUUUCACUAAAGAAGAGGAACUGCUUCUUCAAGACUUCAGUAGAAACGUUUCAACUAAAUCAUCAGCGUUAUUUUAUGGCAAUGCAUUUAUAGUGUCUGCAAUUCCGAUAUGGUUAUUCUGGAGGGUUCAUGCUUUAGAAGUAAGCACAUCUCUGGCAUGGUUCGCGUUAAUAACAACGGCCAGCACGUGGUUCCUGGCUUUGGCAUAUCGGAAUACCAAGUUCCAGCUGAAGCAUCGCGUCGCCGUUCGUCGAGAAGAUGCUGUGGCCCGUGAAAUGGCCCGGAAACUGGCUGAUGAAAAGAAAAUGAGCAGAAAAGAAAAGGAUGAGAGGAUCCUUUGGAAGAAAAAUGAGGUAGCAGAUUAUGAAGCCACUACAUUCUCAAUAUUCUACAACAAUGCUCUGUUUCUGACGAUUGUGAUUCUUAGCAGCUUCUAUUUGCUGCGCUCUUUCACACCUACUGUAAACUACAUAGUAUCUCUCUCCGUUGCAUCUGGUCUCCUGGCACUCCUUUCUACAGGUAGCAAGUGAAUAGAC